CGCACUUGCAGCAGUGAAGGAACACGGGACCACGCCAGCCAGAUCACCUGGCCCGCGGAAACGGAGGAAGGGGACCCGGAAAAGGAUGACUGCGGCCCGUCACCCCUCGGGUCGGGAUGAGUUUGGGGGCCCCUGCAGAGUCAACACUCUGCCGCCCCUCUACCCGCACUGCAUGCGACAUCAGCAGCACAGGUGCCUUUACAGCAAUCCUCCGCCCCCUCGGCCAGCGAACCAACACUGCAGGCCCCACCUGCCGCAGGCCUGUAGCGAUGGUCACCUGGAAAGCCUACAAAGGAGGCCCUCUCAGAGGCACCUGAGGCCGGCGCCGACCCCGAAGGUCCAGCAGCCCCAAGACGGAUUACUCGUGCUGAAAGUGGUGAGCGCCGCUUGUGCCGAACCCGACAAAAAGGCCAACUAUGAAAUCGUAAGUGUGAACGUACGGCAUGGCCGGUUCAGGAAGGCUGUGCCUUGUAUGCCUUUAGCCCUAUCCAUUCUGCUCUGCAUUAUCAACAUGCUGGCCCCAGGAGUAGGAACUUUCUUAGCUGGACUAACAGUGCUGUGUGGUUGUCCUACGGAAUACGAAGAUAGGUGUACAGCGUUUUUAUACAAUGUCCUCGCUUCAUUCCUGCAAUUGCUCACUGCACUCAUUGUUGUUGGCUGGGUGUGGAGCAUCAUGUGGGGAAUAACUUUUGUUGGAAUCAGCAUUUCGAAAAAAGAACAUGAUAUAGUGGCAGCCAGUUUAUGAUCCACUUCAGUUCUGGAGCAGGAUUACGUAGCCUUGGAUAUUGGAUAAGAUGAGGCUUGAGCUAUGUGCACAGUCCAUUGUUUGCGUAACACGUUUGGCUCCACUAUUGUUAUAAACAAUCAGAGACAGUUUCUUCCUUGAAAGCUGCUUGAACUUUAAACUAGGUUCAGGGAUGACGGAAACAGAGCAGAGCAGGCAAAAUUUCUACUAUCGAGAGAGAUCUGUGAUAUAAGUAAAUGGACUUACCGAUUGCUUUUGUUGGAAGUUAUAAUUAU